AUGGAAAACGCAACAACUUCUAGGAAUCUUGGUAACAUUGUUGAAAUCGUCAAUGAAGCCUAUAGCGACCGUGCAAGGCAGGGUGCCCCAGUAGACUAUGCCAACAAAGUAGCUGAGGCAUUUGGAUACACGGAAGAACAACUGCGUUCAGUGCCCGAGAAUGCACACAUGGGGUUGAGCUGUGGUAACCCAGUCGCCGCUGCUACAAUCAAGGAGGGAGAAACCGUAGUCGAUCUUGGAUCGGGGGGUGGAAUCGAUGUUUUGCUCGCUGCAGAUAAAGUAGGGCCGACCGGGAAAGCGAUUGGCCUUGAUAUGUCCCAGGACAUGAUAUCUCUAGCUCGUAAGAAUGCUGCAAAGAAGGGCCUCAAACCUCCUCAGGUUGCUUUCGUGCAAGCACUGUUAACUGAGCCCCUUCCUAUUGAGCCCGAUUCAGUAGAUUGUAUUCUGUCCAACUGUGUCAUCAAUCUUUUACCGUUUGACGGCAAGGCUCAUCUUCUGAAGGAGGUGCACCGUAUACUGAAGCCCGGAGGAAGGAUCGUCCUCGAUGACAUCAUUGCAAAGAAGGAGCUCCCGGGAUAUAUCAAAGAUGAUCUCGCAUCGUAUGUCGGAUGUAUCUCAGGUGCUCUGCUUCUGGAGCAGUACAAAUCACUCUUGAACGAUGCUGAUGUACUUUUCGUCGACAACAAGAGUGAUCUCAGUGUUUACUACCAGCAGUCUGAUAGUAACAGCGGUUGUAGCACCACAACUACAGGCUGUUGCACACCCGCACCUCGGGGAUCCAAAGCACAAAGGCCAAGUUACGAUGUAAAUGAGUGGGCCGCAUCAUAUCAGAUUUACGCUAAGAAAGAAGGAGGCCCCGUCCCCAAUCCACCAACGGCAUUGCUCCGCUGGUGGGACGCAUACCCUACCGUAAAAUCAUCUCCAGCAUCCAUGACAGCGGAGGAAGUAGCAUCACUCAUACGCGGUGAGGGAGAUGCAGGCGAAUUUGCAGUUAUUGAUGUUCGCAGGAAUGAUCAUGCUGGGGGCCAUGUCAGAGGCAGCCACAACCACCACGCCCAAACAUUCUUCGACGAACUCCCGGCCUUCUAUGAGCGAUUUAAGGAUACAAAGAAAGUCAUUUUCUACUGCCAAAGCUCAAAUGGCAGAGGGCCUCGAUGCGCUGGAUGGUACCAGGACUAUCUAAAUUCCAAAGCUAACCAUGAUAAUAAAUCGACCGCCUACGUUUUAAAAGGCGGGAUCAAAAACUGGCUUUCUAAAUUCGAAGGACAGGAGGAUUUGGUAGACGCCGAUUGA